AUGGUUCUCACCAACUUCCUCGCUGCCGUGGCAGUCUUCCUGCCCAUCGUCUACGGUGCCCCUACCACUGCUGCCAACAGCCUGCACCCCGACAUCCUCGCUGCCAUGAAGCGCGACCUUGGACUUGAUGCCGAGCAGGCCCACGCCCGUGUAGCCCGCGAGCUCAAGGCCACCGAUGUCAUUGAGCAGCUCCGUACCUCCACCGGUGCCUCCUUCGGUGGUGCCUACCUCGUUGACGGUGACCUCACCGUUGCCGUCACCGACGAGGCCUCCGCCUCUGAGGUUGAGGCCGCCGGUGCUAAGCCCCUCCUCGUCUCUGUCCCUCUCUCCAAGCUUGAGGCGGCCAAGGCUGCUCUUGACAACAUGGACAUCGAGUCCGCCAAGCGCUCCGAGUCUGGCAUCGCCGCCUACUACGUCGACGUUGCCUCCAACAAGCUCGUCUUCGAGGCUCUCGCCGAUAGCACCGACUCCGCUGCCGACCUCGCCAAGAAGGUUGGUCUCGCCGACUCCGAGUACGAGGUCAAGACCGUUGCCGCCAUGCCCACCACCUUCGCUACCAUCCGCGGUGGUGACGCCUACUACAUCAACCGUGCCGGCCGCUGCUCCGUCGGUUUCUCCGUCACCGGUGGAUUCGUCUCCGCAGGCCACUGCGGUACCACUGGCAACACUGCCUCCACCAGCGCCGGUGCCACCAUCGGUACUUUCGCUGGCUCCAGCUUCCCCGGCAACGACUACUCGUACAUCCGCGGCACCUCUGGCAACACGUACCAGGGCCGCAUCAACAACUACGCCGGCAGCACCCUCCCCGUGUCCGGCAGCACCGCCACCGCCACCGGCGGCAGCGUCUGCCGCUCCGGUUCCACCACCGGUGUCUUCUGCGGUACUAUCCGCGCUCUCGGCGCCACCGUCUCCUACGCUGAGGGCCGUGUCACUGGUCUUACUCAGACCAACGUCUGCGCUGAGCCCGGUGACUCUGGCGGUUCCUGGUACAGCGGUGCUCAGGCCCAGGGUGUCACUUCCGGUGGCUCUGGUGACUGCUCCAGCGGAGGUGUCACUUACUUCCAGCCUGUCAACGAGAUUCUGUCUGCUUACGGUCUUACUCUUACCCGCGGUUAA